UCCCCUUCACCACCCUUUCCAGCCCACUGCGUGCCUCUCCUUCCGCUCCUUUAUAAUCUGUAGGGGCACAGCAGUGCUAUGGCCCCAAGCUACCACAACGCUAACUCUCCAUACGGCUCCGGCGACCCAUAUUAUAACGAAUCGUCUGGAUAUAUCACUCCCAUGCCUGCCAAGAAGCGCACCAGCAACUGGAUCAAGUUCGGCAUCCCUGUAGCCAUCUGUGUCAUUGUUGCUGCCGUCGUGGGCGGUGUCGUUGGAAGCCGGAACCAUAACUCGAGCUCCUCGAGCGUGUCUGGCGCAGCCGGUGGGUCGUCGUCGGGCGACCAGGCCGCCGCAUCCGCCAGCUCAGCUGCCUCGGUGAAGAAAGCCAUCGGCAUAUUCCCGACAGGCACAGACAGCCUGUAUCUCCUUCCUCUGUACCCCUCAACAACAAAUACUGCCGCUUUCACCACCCCCACCUUCUCCACCGAUAGUGCACUUUUGUGGCCUGACGACCCCUUCCAGCCAUCUAAUCCGAGCCCAACGAACGUACGACCAGACCGGCCGCGUCUCAUCGCCCCAACGUACAAGUGGCAAGUCCUUUCCCAGCGCAUUGCGACCGAUCCGUAUCUCUCGGAAUGGAACGAUACGAUUUUCGGCAACGCGACGGCGUGGUCUAACCUCGAGCCCGUCCAGUACUUCAUGGACGGCUCCAGUGGUAUCCUUGAUAACUGUCGUUAUGUGAAGGAACGGGUAAAAGCUUGGUCUUAUGCCUAUCGGAUGACGAACGACACCAAGUGGGUUAAUCGUACGUGGACUGAACUGCAGUACGUUGCCGGUCCUGACUUCGGCCCCAAUAACUCUACCAAAUGGAAUCCCUCCCACUUCCUCGACACCGCCGAGAUGACUGCUGCGUUCGGUAUUGCCUACGACUGGCUUUACGACGUCCUCACCGCGGACCAGAAGAGCACCAUUCUACAGAACAUGCUUACCUACGGUCUCAGCCAGGGUGUCCACGCGUACCAGAAUGUUAUCAGCGGCGACUUCUCCGGUUGGUGGGCGAACAAUAUCACCGGUAACUGGAACUGCGUCUGCAACAAUGGCAUGACCAUGGGUGCACUUGCGAUAUUAGGAGACGAUACGAGUGGCACCGCCGAGCAGAUCCUUGGCUAUUCCAUCCCCAACGCCUUGACUGGCUGCGCGCUAGCCAUAACGGACGACGGUUCCUGGACGGAAACCGCAAACUACUGGUAUUUCGGUACCACCGGUCAUGCAGAGAUGGCCUCCUCUCUCAUGACAGCUGCCGGUUCGGAUUUUGGUCUCUUCACAGUCAACCCAUCCAUCAACUUAACCGGCUUUUACCACAUGCAUACUUCCGGUUUCGGCUCUCUCUUCAAUUACGGUGACCAUGGCCCCAACAAGUACAGCUCUACUGCCAACAGCAUGUUCCUGUACGGCGAUCAUUAUCAGCAACCUCAGUACAUGCUCUUCCAGCGUGACCAGCAUGACGCUCCCGACCCAUGGUCGAUGUUCUGGUACGACAUCACGGCCUCUGGCGCAUUCUGGGAUGGCCUGUCCCUCGAUCGCUUCUUCGACAACCAACUCGACCAGUGGGCCGCUUUCCGCAGCUCCUGGACCGAUGAGAAUGCUCUGUACGUCGCUAUCAAGGCUGGUCAGCUCCAGAACCACCAGACGCACAACGACCUCGACUUGGGUGACUUCGUCAUCGACGCCCUUGGCACACGCUGGGCUGGUGAACUUGGAUCCGGAGAUUACAACUCCAUUGGGUACUUCUCGAGCGAUGAUCAGGAAUCGCAACGGUGGUUAUACUAUCGCAAGCGCACCGAGGGCCAGAAUACAAUUUUGGUCAAUGAGCUGAACCAGAACGUCAACGCGGAACCCAAGAUCGUGAACUCUGGUAGUACUGGCGAGGCACAGGGCUCGAGCACUGUCUACCAAGUUCCCGACCAGUCCACCGCCUUCUGGGUCGCUGACCUUACCAGCGGUUAUAACGACACUACAUCUUUCCUGCGUGGUAUUCGUACUUUGAACAAGAGGCAGCAGGUGCUGCUCCAGGACGAUAUCACCACAUCUCAGCCCAUCAUGUGGCGUAUGCACACUAAUGCGACGGUGACCAUCGCUGCAAACGGCACGACAGCGACACUUCAAAUCGGUGACAACACGAUGCAAGUGCAAAUCCUAAGUCCGAGUAGCGGCGCCACGUUCGCUACAAUGGAUCCCGUUCGCUUCCCUGACGAUCCUCCUCUUCCCGCCGGCGCCGUCGACUCUCCUAAUCCUGGUGUCACGGUUCUUACCAUUAGCCUCAGCCCGGGUACUUACAGUCUGCAAGUCCUCUUCAACCCCAUGUGGGAGGGCAUGUCGGCAAGUGACUUUGUCACGCCGCCGUCUGUCCCCCUUGAUCAGUGGACGCUGACCAGCCACAACUGAACGGACAGCAUUUCGGACAGAUAGACUGAUCGAACAUUAACUUCAUGACGUCUCUUUCUUCCUGUUUGAAGGACCUCUGACGCCUCGUUUCGAUGUCAGUAUUACUAGCACUUUUCUUUCGCUUCGGUCUCGCUGCGCAGGUAGGUACGCUUCGAAGUACUGUAGGGAGAUUUGCAGCCGCGUAAUGCAUAUACCACUACAAUCAAUACUACCACGAG